GACUGAACGCAAAGAUCUUGGAAAUACGGAAUGUCUCAUCCAGAAGUGAAUGUGUUGAUAAGUGUUUAACGGAUCCAUGUUGUAGAUCUAUGAACUACAAGUACAGCACCUCACCACAGAGACCAAAAAAGUGCGAAUUAUUACAUGAUCUUCUGGAAGAAAACACAACAACUGUUUUGGAGGAAAAUCCUUUGUUUGAUCAUAUUUCUAUCAUUCAACCACAGAAGCGCUAUGACUACAGUUGUUUUCGUAAGAUUUUAGAGAAACACUCUUCGUGCAAAGAACUCUUUGAAAAGCAUGGCUUAGCCAACGACGGUGUUUACUACCUCCAGUUAAACAAGAGCUCAGAGAUCUAUCAAGCGUAUUGUUCUAAAAACACGUAUGCGUGUGGUGAAGGAGCUUGGACACUAGUUAUGAAGUUAUUUGGCAAUGAGAAUAUUUUUGAAUACGACUCUCCGUUGUGGAGCAACACUAAAACACUUCAUGCUGAUGGCUUGUACAACGAUAAAACCGAAUAUAAUGUAAAGUUAGCUUCGUAUCAUAACACACCUUUCACCAAAAUCUGCCUGGGGAUGAAGAAGGUACGUGGCGCUGAGGCAAACUUCAUAGUCCUCAACUAUACCGCAAGAUCGCUGUACAAUGUUAUCGCAGACGGAAAGUACCGUGCAACAAAUGCAGGUCGUGCGAAGUGGAUGUCUCUUGUAGACAACGCUGUCUUACAACCACAUUGUAACAUGGAAGGUUUUAACCUAUCCUUGGGCAGCAAGACUUAUCCGUUGUUAUUGCGCAUCGGCUUGGUUGGUAAUAAUGAAGAUGAUUGUCGUACGCCAGAUUCGUUGCUUGGUUUUGGCUUUAUAAAAGGAAAGUCAAAAUGGUCCAGUGGAAACUAUCGUGAUUUGCGCCUAAGUGUGAAGACUAAGACAUUUGGUUAUAUAUUAGUUCAAUAAACCAUAUGAUUUCUGGCGAUAAAUAAAGGUGCGGGCAUAAUGUAAUUGGUAUGAGAUGAUGUGAUCACUAGAUGUAAAAUAAUUUCUUGUUUUAGUCAGUAUAAUUUAGAGAGCACUGCACAGACACUUUACAUGAAUCAUCGGAGCCGGGACGCUAGGCCUCUGUCUUCAAACUUUGUCAAAUUCGUUCAAACAUAAUAAACGUCUAUA